AAACUGGUUUACACCUCUCUCGCUCUAUCUAUCGAACAGUGUCUUCUUCUCCACUAGCUAACGUUGCUUUCGUCCCUACUCAAGUUAGCUACGGAGUUCUUUUUUUUUUAUCUCUCAGACAGAGAAAGAGAAAGAGAAAGAGAAAGAGAAAGAGAGUCUCUCUUAAGAAACAACAAUACCUUCUUCUGGAAAGCUCUGUAAGAAAGAAAGAGUGAACUUCAAUGCAGACUCUUUGACCGCCAUUGACGCGCCUUCCUCGCCGGCGAUUUAUGCUCGCUUACUGACAAAGUUCAAACCUUUAUCUACUCAAACCUCUCUCUCUCCUUCUUCUGAGAUUGAGUCGGUGUUGUUGUUCGUGAGCUUCCGUUUAUGGAUCUGACCGGAGAAUUUGAAGCUAGAUCCUACGGAGGUGGGGCGACCCGGGAAGCUACAAGGCUUGAAUCGCUUCAUCUCGGAGAUGAAUUUCGACAAUUAGCGCUACCUCCGGAGAACGCCGGCGGGUUCACGGCGUUGCUUGAGCUUCCGCCUACACAAGCCGUAAACCUUCUCCGUUUCACUGAUUCGCCGUCUUCUUCUUCUCAAGCGGCGGCCGUCACCGGAAUCGCUCCACCGCCGCUUCACUCUUACGGGACUCUGACUUUUCCUUCUAACUCAGUCCUCAUGGAGCGAGCAGCUCGUUUCUCCACUGAGCAUCACCAAAACGGUAACGUUUCCGGUACGAGCUCGGUACCUUCCAACUCCAGCGUCAAAACCGAGCCUGCUGAGACCGAUUCAUCUCAAGCGGUGAACAAUCGAUCUGGCAAGAGGAAAGAUUCCGACAAGAAGGCUAAAAGCUCGACGAAGAAGAAGAGGAACAAAAGCUCUGAAGAGAACGAGAAGCUGCCGUAUGUUCAUGUUAGAGCUCGCCGUGGUCAAGCAACAGAUAGCCAUAGCUUAGCAGAACGAGCAAGAAGAGAGAAGAUUAAUGCACGAAUGAAGUUGUUACAAGAACUUGUCCCAGGCUGUGAUAAGAUUCAAGGUACAGCUUUGGUGCUGGAUGAAAUCAUUAACCAUGUCCAGUCUUUACAACGUCAAGUAGAGAUGCUAUCAAUGAGACUUGCUUCAGUAAACCCCAGAAUCGACUUUAAUCUAGACACUAUAUUGGCUUCAGAACUUCUAGGUUAUUUAUUGAUACAAACAUUAAACUCAGACCAUUUUAGAGCAUGGCAUAGGAAGUUCAGCUUCUAGUCUUAUGAAGAAAACUCAGGGAAAAUAAAUACACAACACACACCCACACACACUCUGCAAAAUUACAGCACACAAACAGCUUAGUGGGUCAGAACUCGGACCACCAUUCUUCUGUAAACCUUUCUGUGUCUUCUGUGACUCAUGUCAGAUGUGUAUAUUGAUGAGGUUUGAUGAUUUGAUAGAUUUUUUUUAAAAAAAUUAUUCCUCAGUAAUGUCUGUGGGUCUCUUCCAAAGAUCUGGUUGUUUCAUUAAAUUCAUAGUUUUUCCUUUUCACCUAUCUUUUUUUUUUUUUGGUCAAAUCUCAUAAUCACCUGUGGAUUCUAUCUAAAGUUAAUAAAUGCUCUCUCUUUCUGCUUACAGCUUGUACAUUACAUACCAAUAAAUAGCUAGGGGUCCCUCUCAUUAAACCUUGUUCUUUUAGGAUUAUAAUAACACCGCAACUACAGUUGACUUCCUACACUAGAUUAAUAUCUCUAUGAAUGAAUGAUCCCUGAGCUGAUAUCUUUUCCGGGUUUGGCU